AUGGGCAGCUCAUUGUCGGUAUUGCAAUACAUUCCAGCUGUCUAUCGACAGAGUUUUCCACCAAAGCCUCAGUUCACUACUGAGCAGAUGCCCGAUCUCACUGGUCAGGUCAUGAUCGUGACGGGUGUAUACAUGGCGACGCGUAGCAAAGCCAGAGCGGAUACAGCCAUACGUGAACUCAAAGAGCAGACAGGGAAAGAAGCCAUCUUUCUUGAGCUUGAUCUCGCCAGCCUUCGGUCUGUGAGGAAAGCUGCCGAGGAGUUCAGGAGCAAGGAGCAAGAACUGCAUGUGUUGUUCAACAACGCAGGCGUUUCUGGUGUUCCUAUCGAAUGGACGACAGAGGACGGCUAUGACUUCCAGUUCGGUAUCAAUGUCCUUGGUCAUUUCCUAUUUACGCAACUGCUCAUUACCGCUCUUGCGGCGGGGUCGAGGGCAUCGCCGGAUCAUCAUGCCCGCAUCGUCACUUGCUCUUCAUUUGUAGCGUAUUUUUCCGGCUUGGAUUGGGAGACGCUCAUAGAUAGCCCUAAGAGGCGUAAGUUGAACAUUUAUGCACUGUACGGCCAGAGCAAACUGGCUGCUACAAUCAUGGCUCGUGAACUUGCGAAGCGCUACGCGGAACAAGGGAUUAUUUCUCUGUCUGUCAACCCUGGGAAUAUCAGAACGGAGAUCCGGCGCUACGCCCCUGCUCUGGAACGCAAAUUCUCGGUAUACCCCGCCGACCUUGGUGCGCUCACACAGCUGUGGGCGGGUACAAUGCCCGAGCCUCUGAAUUACAAUGGACAUUAUCUCGUGCCAUGGGCUAGGUUUGGUGACAAAUGUAGAAGCGAGGUAUAUGACGACGAGAUAGGCGAAAGGCUCUGGAAGUGGCUCGAGGAGCAGGUCUAUGCAAAGUAG